AUGAAAUCUUCUUAUGGUUUGAUUGUUCUCCUCUGUAUUAUUGUUCUAUGCACUGGAGAAAUUAUGGAUGAAGAUGGUUUUAAUCGACCAGGUUAUGAAAUGUACGCUAAACUGCCUCAUACAUCAGAUGAAAUAUUAACAGAUAUUCUUCAAGGAAAUAGUGAAAGUAACAACAAAUGGCUGCCAGUCGAUUCAGAUGAUCUAGGCCGAAAUAAACUAUUCUAUGUGCAUCGUAGAAGAUUCACACGUCCUAAUGGUCGUUAG